AUGUGUUUCUCCGUGACAUAUGUACGCUUUUCAGCAAUCGGUGUCUUGCCCUACAUCUGCCAUUCCUCAGCCAUGUUCAGCGGAAACACCACGUUGAACAUCAAGACCUUGCGAGGUGAUGAGGUGGUAGUGAUCGACCACAACAUGCCGUUCGGCCCUGUCAUACAGAUGCUUGAGAACCAUUACAGGUUCCCGAGCGACGACCAGAGUUGGACGGUGACGUCAAUGUUGGCGAACAUGGUGACUGACACCGAAGUUGAACAGAGUGAAGAGCAUCGCGGUGCUGCUGCUUCAUGUGUUGAUCCUGAGACGGUGUCGCAGAUCGGCGGCGGCAAGCGUGCCAGAAACACAGAGAGCUCGUCGUGUCGGGCUAUUCUAGCCGCGUUAAGCGGAUCCGCUACUGCGAGGAGGACAUACGCCUUGGCAACAAUCAGGCUGAACACUCUGAAACAACACCGGCGAAGGGGGCAUUCACGGGGACUUUUUUGA